CCUGAUAAAAACCCCCCUGGGCCAGAGUUAGAAAAGGCUCAAAACCUUGCUCCUCCGCUCCAGUGACCGAGAACCACUGCGGCCAAUCGCCGACUAAACAACUACGUUCUCCGGCUUCUGAUCUUCUUCCGUUUUUAUUCUGUGUAUUUACAUUCAAAACAAAUCAUAUAGAAAAAAUGGUUUACCUAACCUCCUGGGACGAUUUCGUGGAAAGGUCCGUACAGUUGUUUCGUGCCGAUCCCGAAAAGACGCGGUACGUGAUGAAAUACAGGCAUUGUGAUGGAAAGUUGGUCCUCAAGGUCACAGACGAUAAAGAGUGCAUCAAGUUUAAGACAGACCAAGCACAGGAUGCCAAGAAGAUGGAGAAGCUCAACAACAUAUUCUUCACAUUGAUGGCUCGUGGACCUGAAGCUGACAUAUCAGAAGUCAGUGGAAAAGAACAUAUGGAGGCACAGCCAGCCAAGAAAGGGAGGGGAAGGAAACAAUGAUACAUUUGGCAGCUAUAGAAGAUUUUGGACAAAAACAAAGUGUAAUAGAAUUUGAGUGAAUCCUAGAAGUUUCAAAGUUUAUUGUCAUCAUCUGAUUCAACUAAUUACCAUUUUAAUUAAUCAUUUGCAAAAUUAACUUAAUUAGCCAGUUCAAGAAGUUAAGCUGA